AUGGCAUGGGAAGAUGGCUCCACCAACUCUCAGUUCAGAGUGGUCUUCAAGCAGGAGGCCGAGCGGGGAGCCCCGCCGGCAGCCGGCAGCUCCCGCCGGAGGGAGGUUCGGCGGGCCCUGCCGGCCAGGCCGGCUGAGGGGGCUCGGGAGGGCGCGGCGGUGGGGCGGCAGGCAGGGCGCCGGAGGGGGCCGCGCACCCUGCGUGUGGGCCCGCAGCCCGGGGAAGGGCUCUGGGUCUCUGCCAGAGCGGUGGGCGCCAGCCGCGGAGCGAAAGCCAGUGUUUCUGCAGGGAAGGCCCCUGAGGUGUCUGAUGCUCCCACCCAGACGGAGCUGGUCAGGAAGGAGACUUCGGUACAGACGGUCAGUUGCGACGAGUGCCCAGACCCUUCUCCUGGAGAAAAGGAAAGUACCCGCAAGAGAUGCGCACGGGUUGGUGAUCUGUUGUGUCAGGCGGCGGGGUGGCAGGAAACAGUUGAAAGGCUGCACGGUGUUAGAGGGGCCGAGAUGGAGGUAGACAGGUGGUUUCAGAACCGUGCUCCUGUGGUGGACACCGCAGAGAAUGCGGCACCUUGGACGCUGGUGACCCACAAAAGCAGGACUCUGCUUCGAUCCCCACCCUCCAGCAUUACCGCCAAAAACAGGUAUGAAGCUUUAACAGCUGUAGACACCCACGAGCAAGGUCUGCGAGGAGAAACUGUACCAGCAGCACACAGUGGAUACCGCAAAAAGAAACGACGAGUGCUCGUAGUGGGUGACUCUCUGUUAAGGGGCACUGAGGUGCCCAUCUGCCGGCCUGACAGGGAGUCAUAAGAGGUGGGCACAAGUGACACUGCAAGCCAGAACCUGGGCAGAAUCAAGGAAGACUACAAAGAUCUGGAUAGGCUGGAAGAGUGGGCUAACAAGAGCCUUAGGAAUUUCAACAAGGAGAAAUGUAAGGUCUUGCACCUGGGAAAACAUAAUCCAGAA